AGCUACGCGGGAAAUGAGCAUUGGUCUGCUUUACUCGAAGACAUCACAGAUUUGAAGAUCGACUUAGACAGUCUCGACACUUCUGAGAUGACUGACUUCAAACCUCAAAUUUUGUUUGGCAGAACUCAUGCUUCAAGAUCCGAGAUCAUAUCCUCUCUUCCACCAAGGCCAGUCUGUGACAUAUUGAUCACGCGUUGGUACAAGACCAUGGAUAUGGCCUCUCUGAUCCUCCAUACGCCGACGUUCAUGAAAGAGGCAAGCAAGCUCCACAAUCCCAACAAAACACCACUAAUGUGGUUCGGUCUCCUCUUCUCUGUUCUCGGGCUCGCUUCUCACUUCUACGCUGUGUCUGGAGAAGAACUGCCCACACUGCCCGAACCAUUCACCUCUACGUCUCAAAUGAGCGUCUUUUACCGCGACCGUUGCGCACAAUGCCUCGUUGAGGUGAACUAUCUCCGUCCGAGACGAUAUACGGUAGAAACCUUAUGUUUCUACUUCGCACUAGAAAAGUUUCAGGGCAAAGACUCAGAAUUUGGGGACUACGUCGUUCUUGGAAUUAUCAUAAAGGUCGCUAUGCGACUCGGAUACCAUCGUGAUGCAAGUCACUAUCCUAACAUAUCGUCUUUCGAAGGUGAAAUGCGUAGAAGAAAAUGGUCUCUGAUCUAUCAGCUCGAUCUUGUGACUUCUGCUCAAGUCGGACUACCUCGAACUAUCCGGGAGGAAGAAACAGACACUUUGGAACCCAAAAAUUUAUUGGAUACAGAUAUUGAAGAAGGAAUGGCAACGCUCCCACACCCACGGCCGAGCACAGACGUAACUCCUGUGGCAUAUGCAAUUUUCAUGGUUCGGUUGCUUCGACAGCUUGGACGGAUCGUGGACCAAAUCAAUUCCACUACACCUCCUCCAUACGAAAAGGUGAUGAGUCUCGACUCUCAACUUAUAGAGACACAUGCUACACUACCUCCAUACUUGACGAUGAAGUCUCUUAGUCAUUCUAUCAUCGAUGGCUCAGAUCUGAUUCUCAGAAGAUAUUCUCUUGAAGUAUGUUUUCAGAAAAGCCGCUGCGUCUUGCAUCGUAAAUACCUUAUUCCUGGAAAGUCCAUUUUGAAAUUCCGGUAUUCGAGGACAACCUCUGUUGAUGCAGCAAUGAGGCUCUUAAAUAUCCAGCGCAGCUUCCAUGACUCUAUACAGCCUGGGGGGCGAUUUUCCGGCGAGCAAUGGAGAAAUUCCGCACUAAUCAACCAGGAUUACGUCCUUGCAGCUAUGAUUCUUUGUCUAGACCUUUCUUGGGAUAUGAGACUCGGGGGAGGCAUACGUUCGAACUUCGGAGAUGAGAUUGAAAAGAUGUGGCCAAGGAACGAGAGACUGCAGGCACUGGAAAGCAGUUAUGCCAUUUGGUUGAAGUCGAGCGAAAUGUCAGCUCUGGCAGUAAAGGCGGCGGAGACUUUGAGGAUCAUGCUG